CUUUGUUCAAAAUGGCGGCAGCGUUUUUCUGCUCAACCCAUUGAUAUCUUAGAAAAAAACAAAUUACGACUCGACUAUCUUUGUAUGAUGUCUAAGUUGAUGAUGCCUACCAGCAGCUAAGAGCCAGUCAUGCCAGGGAGAACUCGCAGUCGAACUGUCUUAGGCCAACCACAAGAAAAGGAUGCAGAUCAGAGGACAGUCUCUCUGGUCUCUUUUGAGCAUUGUCUCUAUGUGUUGCUUAAGGCAGAAGAAAUUCGUUGGAAUCACGUACUGACAUCUUAUAAGGAGGAUGAUAAUCUAACAAAUGUUUUGCAAUCUGACCCUGGUAAUAUUAUUCUAAGCCAUGCAGCAACCUUAGAAAAUAUCCACAACUUCUUCUGCCAACUUGAUGCGAGAAUCUGCCGUGCCAAACUAACCAGGUCGGGAUGUCGGACCACGUUCAGCAAUGUCAGACUGGUGCAGGGCCAGUGCAAUAAGGAUCGCUCUGUAGAAGAAGGUGCCAUGAUGCAACAGGUACAGGAGAGGGCCAAUUUGGAUAAACUGGAAGAUGAGGACUUCCAGCUGUAUCGAGAUGCCAUCCUGUGCGCCUACUUCCCAAAACUAUGUGCGCCAGACCCACCUCCAACGCCCCACACGCCUUCGCCAGGACCCCGCCAUCUUUUCACAUUCACCAUCAGUGAGGAGACCCCUAAUCUUCAUGAGGAGUUGCCGUUGGCUACUAAUGAUGAUGAGGACACAUCGACCCUGAUUCAGGCUGAGACGUUGUGUGAUAUUCUACGGAAGGCAUUCAGGUUGAGUGAGGAGAGAGCCAGGCAGUAUGAUCGGGUUGCCUUUAGUCGGUAUGCAAAGAAAGGACAACCAAAGAUUUUGGCUGAGGAGUUAGUGAGUCAGUUGUCUGUGCUGGAAACAAACAAACAUCCUUACUACAACCCAAAGGCAUUUGUGAGUCGAUAUGCCUAUGACCAAUGGCAACAGUGGGAACGUCAACACAUUACACAACUCCUGGCAAAAUUCUGGCACUAUUCUCUCCCUCCUCCAGUAACGCUGCAUACAGAGUCACUCAAAGGAAAGCAUGAGCAGUAUAAACUCCUGAUGAAAAAACUGCUUGGUUAUGAGCGUAUUUACCAGACUGCCCGAAACAAUUUGAGUGGCCCAAGGACUCCCCUCUCGUCUGCUUCAAGGCGUCUGCUCAAGGAAUUUGGCCUCAGAUAUGGCGUGGGGGAAAUGUACCGGAAGUUGGUCUACCUCGAAUAUCUAACAGAGAACUUCAUGAAUGAACCCUGGUUCACACAGCAUAUAAUUUCACACAUGAUGGCCAUUAGCGACAUGUUGCCAUCCUGUCGUGGUCGCAUCAUCAUGACGGAGGAUGAACUGCAACUUCUCAGCACGUGUAGUGGUUGGCUCCACGGACAAUGUGAGAAUUCAUUAACACGGGUCAAGCGGCUCUUCCCUGGAAACAGACCCCCAGAAGGCGUGGCCUCCCUGAUUCAGUUGCUGCAUAAAGUUCUGGAGCUAAAGGCCUACUUGUCUGGUGAGGACCAGAAGCCGAUCAAGGAUUACCUAAUGCAGUUUUCAUUCCAAGGAUUCAGGACCGCCUAUGAAAGACAUAAGAUGCUUGCCAGUCAUGAACUCAUGAUCAAUGCCUUUGAUAACUCACUCUGUCCAGAAUUGCUGAAUAUGGUGCUGGCUCGUAUCAUGGAUGAGGUGACAGAUUACAAAAACAACUACGGACCGUCGUUUGAGAGAUAUUUUGACAUCGCCCAGGAAGCUGCCGUGGAGUUCUAUAAACUACUGAUGGGCGACGUGGAGAUACUGUGCGAAGAUGUUCUCAAGAAUGUGGACCCUAACUGUAUCAACCACCUGCUGCUGAGUUUAGCAUACAACCUCCACCAGUUAGACAAAGACUGGGCUGAAUACAUUCCACUAGAAUCGCAAACAUGGCACCUGACCUUCUUGCCCCAGAGUCUGUUGUGGUUGAGAGCACUUAAAGGACAUAUGCAAAGCUUAGUCAUAGAGGCUGUCUCAAAAGACAAGUUUACUAUAGUCAUCCUUCCGCCCGAUGCUGAUCUCAGCCCUAAGCCAUCUGUGAUGACCCCUCAACCUCGUCAGCGGUCGUCUUCCCAGCAUUCCCUGUCACACUCUGCUAACUCGGCAUUCAGUUCGCCAUCUACUCGCAUGCCCUCUUCUGUGUCUAGUCUGGCAAGGGAGAGUGAGACAGCUGUGAUACAGGAGUCAAGAGAAAGCCACGUGUCUAGUCCAGAUCCUGACAGUUCUCAUCAGAGUCAACAUGGUGUUUCUAAUGCCCAAAAACGAGAAAGUCCAAUCAUGAGAAUGACCAAUAAACUUAUCAGUGGUUUCAAAUUCAGCCAGAAUCGACCAGAAAAUCAAGUUAUCGAAGACAGUACCCAUUCAAGCAAUGAUUCAGUUAAAUCACAGGAUAUUGUCGAUGGGAGCCGUGCUGGAAACUUCCUCCAGUUCUCCAGAGGUCACACUCUUACACACAGCGUCUCAACUCCUGAUCUCCAGAAACAGGGUUGUAUGAGUGAUAGAAGGGGCAGUGCGAUUCUCCACAUUCAUUCGGAGCAAGACCUUUACCGUCGCUCAUCAACUGCACGUGAUAAAACUGACCAGGAAGGUGGCCGUGAUAACUUUCUGUCCACUUCAUGUCCGCUCAAUGCAUUUUCUGAACAUGGAUCGAACAGCACCAUCAGUUACAAUGAGGAGGAAGAGGAAUUGUUACGACAACAUCGGCAGUUCUGGCUGCACUACAAAGACAUGAAGUCACCAAGGAAAUUUUUAGAUGAAGCAGAGGGCCAGAAGUUGAGCCACCAGUUGGUUGCACUGUUAGGCAAGCGAACAGAGUCGUCAGACUUUGAAGCAUUUGGUGAAUUAGCAAGCCAGAAGCUGUUGAAAGAUAGUGCAAUGGGACUUGAUCAGCAAGAGAAGGUCUCAAAUGCUAACGGAGUGUCCGAGGGUGGUCUUGACACACAGCAGGGUGGUGCCCAUGCUCAGUUGUUGAAUCAUGGACAUAGUUGGUCCAGUGAGCAAAGCCUUCCUGUACAAACAGGCGAUGCAUCUCAAGUUGUGGAGGGGAUCCGAGGGGCGCCAAGAAGGAUCAGGAUGAAUCAUUUUGAGGAUGCUUUGAGUUCAAGUGAUGAAGAAGAUGCUGAUGAAAUUGACCCUGAUCGGGAUUUUCAGUUCUUCGAGGAUGUGUUCAAAGUCAGCAAAAUGUCGUCCUUGCAUAAGAGUGUUCCGAACGUCAGUGGCAAUAUUGUAUAUCCUGCAGAUGUCCCUGGGAUUGGGGUGCAGAAAAAAGCUGCCAGCACUUCAGCUGUUGGGUUUAAGAUUCACACCCCCAAGGCAGACCGCAAUGGAAAUGUAGGUCAAGGUCACCAUGGGUCAGGUAUUGCUCACAUCAAUGACAACAUAGACUAUUCAAAUACAGCCAACAUAAGCCAGGUGACGUCAAUAGAUGCAAGUGUUGGACAUUUGAAACCAAACUCUAAGAUUCACCCCGCAGUUUCUGGCCUUACACCAAAUGGCAACCAAUCAAACAGAAAUCGUUCAAACACGGCAGAAAGACAAGACAGUGUUCACAGACUUAACAUGACACAGCUAACUCCACAAAAUGGCGUGCAGGGCUUCUUGGAAUUGUUCAACGAAAAUGGCCUGAGCUCUGUCCUGACCUCUGACCUAUUACUACCCAUAUCCAGCUCCUUUCUCGAUACGUUCAUCGCCAUCCAUCGCUACAUCCGGUUUGGGAGGUCCCUGUUCGAAGUCCUGCUGCCAUUGCCCAAAAGCUUGUCUCUGAAGAGGGAUCAGCUGGGACCAUUCUUCUCUGAGAUUAUGGCUGGGAGGGAGAAGAUUUAUGAGAAAUUUGUGAAGGGCCUUUGCAAUGCGCUGUCAGUUUACGCUGACAAUAUAAUGUGCCUGGACCUCUGUGCCGUCCCCGUGGAAAUGUCUAAUUGCAUCCUUGGGAAAGAGAUGACGGGUCAUCUGUGUAGCCAGCAGGACAGUGGCUUGAUCUGGGGCUGUCGUCAUAUCAUCGAAAACGUAACCAAUUGUUUCAUGUAUAUCGACUGCAAGGCCAAGUAUCUGGCUGACAGGUUUGAGCCAGUCACACAGGAGAUGUGCUGCAGAGUCAAUAUCCUCUCCACCAUUUUGAAACUUCUGCCAAAGUUCAAGAGUCAGAUGACCGAGAUCGCCAGCUUGGAGACGAUGAAGAAACUAGUUGCCACGACAACGCGAUGUGUCAGUAGUACGUCCCAGUUGACGGAGUCCAUGCGAGAUUACGAAUACAUCUCCUCCUACUCGACCCCGGUGUCCCAUGCCUCCCGGAGUAACCUCACUGCCACGCCAAGUGAACAUGGUCUAGCUGAGACCUCAAGUUCCAUCCUUGAAGGAGAAGAGACAAUCAAGUGUUGUCACGAACAUGUGCAGAUCCUGAUGAAGGGCCAGCUCAAGCUGUUGGCUUUUAGGAUCAACCUCUUCCUGAAGGAAGCUCUUUCCCUCCUCCUCUCCCUGAACAUGGGCAACAAGCGUGUCGCCGAGCGCCUCCAACCAGUCUCGGACUUCCUCGGCAACUACAUCAAGCAGUUGAAGCGCUGGCUGUAUUCUGACCUCUACAAACUCAUGGUGGAGGACAUGUGGGUCUACAUUGUUGAGGAUUUCAAUGAUGAAGUGAAGAAGUUGAUCCACUGGAAGGAUAACACCAAAACCAAGGCUGAACUCCUCCUCCAAGCAGUGUCAUUCUUCAUGAAGUUCCUGAGCACAAGGUGUCAGAAUCUGAGCUUGGACAUGAUGAUGGAAAAGAUGGACCGUGUGGUGUUCCUCUUGCAGCUGUACACCCAGCCCAGUGAGAGGUUGAUAGCACUCUAUUAUCAACUCUAUGAAGCAUGUAACCAAUCAGAGUCUUCGAGUGAAGAUGACGAUCACCUCCCGUCCAGAUACCUGCAGCAGAUGAAACACGAUCUUCACCUUCUGAGGAAGUGCUUUUCGGGUGAAGACAUCAUCAACUGGAUUAUGAAGCAUCCACACUCUCCUGCCACAGCUUCGGACCCGCUAUCUGGAUGUGAAUCUGAAGGCUCCAGUGAGAUGUUUGCCAGAGAGACGGCAGAGAACGUCUGCCAGAAACUGCUUGACGAUCAAAUCAUUGUGGGGGUGGAUGGUGACCAUCAUGCUUUAGGUUUCUUUCACUCAACUGGUGCUGCAUCUGACAUUGAUGUCAGCUACCCGAGAAUGACACGGGUCCCGGCGAAUGAAGGGAUGGGGCCAACGCCAGGCUCACAUGACUUUGAAGAUCCUGAUCACACCAUUGACCAGCCAUGGAAUGACGGACACGAGCGGCAUGGGGUGUGGACACCAUUUUUUUACGGUCAGGGGUUAAAUCGACCGCAAGCUGAGCAGCCCAUUAUGGAGGAUGUGGAAGAGAAAGCCAGCAAUGAUGGGACUUUGCAUACAGACUCAACAAGGUCUGGUUCGGACAGUUUGCAGGUGCUGUGUGGCUCGUUAAUCCUUGACCAACCAGCACAUGACACCAAUGCUGUUAGGCAUUCUAACAAUCCUGCAAAGCAAAAUAGGGACAGAAAUCAUAAAAUGAGGGUGGAGCACAAUGAGCCAGCUAUGCAGGCAAACCUAUCAGAAAAUAAAUUGUCUCCUAAUAUUGUUGAGACUGGGGUAAAUGAAAGUCACUCUGGUCUGUCAGAGGUCUCUGUGUCAAAUGAUCAUGUCGAAGAGUCAUCCCCAGCACUUAUAGCUGGGGAAGUUGAAGGUGAGGCAACUGAUUCAAAUGAAAGUCCAUUGAGUGGGCUGGCAGGAAGUGAAAGUGUAGAUGUUGGUGCCAGGAUUGAACAAGCUUCAGAACAGACUCUGAAGAAUGGUGCCAUGCCAGAUGGCGAAGCAAAUAAAGAUUGCACUGAAGCUACUGCAGUUGAAAACUUGUCAGAAAAGAAGCCAGAUAGCCAAACAAGUGAAAACGAUGAUUCAGUGAUUCAGGAGAGCAGACAGAUAGCAGAAGAUCAAAACCGGCAGAUGCCAGAUGACACUGUUUCUUGCAGUGAAGAACUGGAAGGAAUUUGGCAAAAUAGCAGACAAGACUCGCCGCCAACUUGGGUGGAUGAAAAAAUCUAUUACCAAAAGGGUGACUGUUUAAAUGCAACGGACAAACCUCCAAAGGGCAGUGGUGAUAUGUUGAGUGACAGUGAGUCCUCCACUCCUAAAAACUCAUCUCGAGGAUCAAGUGACUUGGACAGAUGGCCUGAGAGCCAGAAUAAUGACUGUGGCAACUUGGCUGGGAGUUACCGCUCCGCGAGUGCCUUUGGUCCGUUUGCCCCACGAUAUCUUGAUUCCUCAACUGUCGUGUCUUCGUCCAUUUUCCAGUCGUGCCGCAACAAUUUGUAUCGCUUCAAGAGCAUCCAGGAUAUUGGUUCAUCGACUCACAAUCUGACGGAGAGCGUCCUCCAGGAUUUGACUGAUCACAACCACAGCCAUAACAACAUGUCCAAGCUGACGGGAACAUUACUCCAGUCCGCAAUUGAUAAGGAGGUCACCACAAACUUCUUGUUGACAAUACUGUACACGAGAAGGAAGUAUGAUAAAACGACGAAGAAAUUCUUUAGUCGGGUGCCAGUUGAAAUGAUCACGGACAUCAAAACACUUGAAGAAAGUGAUGUGAAUGGAGGCUGCUUUGGUUGAUGCAGGGGAAGGGCAGCGAAUAUAAGUGUAUUUCAAAUAGAUUUUUUUUCAAAAUUAGGAAGCAGUGAGGGUCUGGAGUGAGUGUCGCUUCCUUGUAUUGAACUGCAUUCUUCCUUAUAAUUUGUUGGUAUUUAUCCCUGAACAAUGUAUAAUUUCACCAGCACUCUUCACUAGAUCCUUUGAUGAGAGGUUUGGUGCUAUAUUAGUAUUACCACAAUCAUGGUGUCUUGGUAUUGUUUACUCGUCUAAAACACCUUGGUUGUAAUGUCAUAUCAUUUUCCAUGUUUUUUACACUGCACCUCGUUUUUGCUGCAGCGGUUUGAAAAAACAGUUCAAGUCACAUUUCACUGUUCAGUUUGAAGGCUUUACGAAUAGAAAUUGUUACCUCAAAUUGGCCAAACACUGCUCAAGCAUAGCUGCCAAUUUGCCCAAAACCUUGGGAGACAGCUUGGUCCUGGCCUAUAGUUCAGCUCCAUGCUCGACAUCAUCAAUUUUUAACUCGGUGUUCUAGUUCAGAAUGUGGAUAUUUUUUAUGACAGAUGUAAUCUUUUACAGUUGUUCUUCCUCUCAUAAUGAAAAUAUUUUACUAUGGAGUGUGCAGGAUACUGUUGUGAACUCCCUUAUAAACAUGAUUUAAGGGACAAAUGGCGACUGCAAAAAAAUUGUUCAAUGUCGGUUAAGCCACUGACAUGUUAUAAAAUGCAUGCGUGAUGGUUUAUGGAAACAGUCUUUCAUCUGGUGAUAUUCAGAAAUGUUCAAAUACUUUUUAAGGUGUGUAAUUUUAAACAUGGUGCUACAAAUUUUAUGAAAAUGAACAAAGAGGAAUGUUAUAUGAAUAUUU